AUGAUGGACGUCACAACGAUCGAGCCUCAACGCUACAUCCCUAUGUUCGGGCUCAGUGGCCUCGGCUUCCAACUGCAGGGAGCAUUGGUCAACAGCGCGUUCAAAGCCCAUUCCUCUAUCCUCUCCAGCGGGAACAGCAACAACGAGGUAUCGACCUUGACAAAUCAAUCUUCGGGCUUUGCUACACCCUCACUGUCCUCGUCCACCUCCACCGACACAACAAGCGAGGUCCUCGACCUGGACAACGGUCCAUCUCGUUACGCCGCUUACGCGAUGCGACUCAAGACCAUCAUCAUUGCUUCGUCUCGUUACGUCGCCUACUCUUCCGACAUCGGCGAGGCUUUCCGUCCCUUGACCAAGCCUGGGUUUGUUCGUGGUGCCUACGCUGUUUCAUGGACCUACAUUCUGGGUGAUGUCGCUUAUGCCGGAUACAAGGCAGCUCAGCAAUGGGAGGCGCUUGCCGCCACUACAUUUUCCUCCAAGGGCGGCCCUAUGCAAGAGUUCCAGUCCGAAGCGGCAAAAUCUGCCGAGAAGGCGCUUAGUUCGGCUCGCGAGAACCUGCCUCUGGAAAAGCUUCUUGAUGCAAAGACACUCGGUGCUCUCUCCCCAACAGAGAAAGUUGAGCUCCGAAAAAGGCACACACAACGUCUGGCGGCACAAGGAGACCAUGCGGGUGUUGAGCCCAACAAGGUAUCCGAACCUAUGCACGUCGGUUUGGUGAUGGCCAGGCGAGCUGUCUUCCAGAGCAUUGCGUCCAUGGCACUGCCUGCCUUCACAAUUCACAGUAUCGUUCGCUACUCGGCUCCAUUGUUCGCAAAAGCCAAGAGUACAAGAAUCCGUGCUGCAGGUCCUACUGUCGCCGGUCUGCUUUUUGUCCCUGCUCUGCCCUUCCUAUUCGACGAGCCUGUCGAACACGUCAUUGACUUUGCCUUUGACUGGAUCCAGGAGAGGCUCAUCGGUGGGUCUAAAGCAGCAGACAGGGUCUUUGAGGCCGCCAAGGAGAAGGUGCUUUGA